CCUCCGGCGGCUCUUCCCGCCCGGGACGGGGAAGUGACGUGUCGGAAGCACUUCCCGGAAACCGUACACGGCUUUUUUGCAGCCAUGUAGGUAGCGUUACCGGAGGAGGGGGACGGCGCCGGAGCGGCCAUGGAAGGCGACGACGACAGCGGCGCCGCGGCCUCCCCGCUGCCGAACCUCACCCCCCGGCACCGGCAGCUCAUCCCCACGCCCUGCGGCCCCAUAAAACCUUGUUCAGAGCUAUCAUUCCCUGUGAAGAUCUACUUCUGUGUCACUAUUUUGUCUCUGCUAAGUGUCAUAGGGCUAACCGUAGAGACGCUUGUUCGACAAACUGAGGAAGAUUUCACCAUUUCUCUUAUUCAGUUAGUUGGAGUUGUCUUCUGCGUGUACUAUGUGACUCGAGGGAUCCUGCAGGAGAAUCGCCAGGAGCUCAUCGUCUUUGUUCUCUCCAUCUUGCUCGUGAUGUUUCGUUCCAUUGUCAACUUCACAGUUCUCUCUGCUGAGCAAAAGCCAAAACUCCUGGCCCGCUUCAUUCUGAUCCUCUUGGUUGGCUCCUUUGAUGUGAUCUGUGCCAUCAUCCUCAUUCAGAGUCAAAGCAUGAUGGCCUUUCGAGUCGGUGGUGCUCUGGAAAGCCUACAGUCACAAUACUUCAUGCUGAACCUCUGUUUUUCCAUGCUGACCUUUGAUCUUCAGGCACAGCUCUGCUUGUGUAUUCUGCUGAUAAGCCUGCAUGAGAUCACCCUUUUACAUAACAUCAUCUCAGCAGCAGGGGUUCUUUGGGCCUGCCUGAAGGCAACCAUUAGCAUCAUCGCAAUUUUAAAAGAACUGAAACCUCUAGUGUGGAUUUUUCUGAGUCAGAAUGUUCCUGAAGUAGUUUAUCUCAUCUACCUGCUUUACACGGUGAUAAAGGAGUGGGGCAAAGGGAACUCUUACACUCUGGAAGCUGCUUUCAUUACUGGCUCUUGCAUUUCUGUUGCAAUAAAAUCCGUUUUGUUUUGGGCACUGAUUCACGUCUACCGCAGCUUUGGGCAAGGGCUGAGAGAAAGAAUGUUUUCUUCCUAUGGAAGGAUCGACUCCUGAGCAUCCCCCGUGUGUUCUACCUGCAGCUCUUACAGAGUGAAAUCCCAGCCGGGGACCUUCUGAUCAAUCCUACAUUCAGGAUGUAAGCUCAGAGAGGUAGAGGAUGUUGCUCAGAAAGAUGUCUGUACAUUUCUUGGUCAGUCUCGUGCUGGGAGCUGUAGCAGUGCAGCUGGUAACUUAGUUUAAAAAGCAAAGCGCGCUCGGGAAAUUAACAGUAAUCCUCUCAAUUCAGUGAGUUUCGCUGACAGGACAACGCAUCUUUCACUCCUUGUUUUCCUGAUGUUGCUUUAUAACCACAGGAGGUUCACAACAUGCAUGUGAGUAGAGAAUGUUGUUGACAUAAGUGCUGUUUUUUCUGGAUAUACACAAACAUAAUGAAAAUAAUUUGCACAGCCGUGUUUUAUUACCGAGUCUGGAGGGGGAUGGCCCUGCCCUCACUGCUCAGCUCAAGCCCUGAAGCUGGUUUGAUGACAGCCCUAUUCCCUCAUCCCCACUAUCACUGUGGUGGCUUAACCCCAGCAGAAGGGCUGGGACUCUCCUUCCUCCUCUGACUUGAGAAUAUUUCCAUUAUUUUUAUAAAUCCCAGCUACACAUGAAAACUACACACCGUAAUCUCCUGCCUUCCUAUAGCGUGUCUAACCAACGUGCCAUGUCAUACACAAGGGUGACUGUUAAAAUAAGCCUUUAAUAUUGUAAUUUAAAAGUUUGGUAUUUUAUUGGCUGGAACCUUUAACUACUGGCUGUUUAUUUUUUAAUAAAGUAUAAGCCCAGUUUG